AGAGCAGUUCACUAGGGUUUGGUAAAGCAGUGAGUGAGAGAGGAGUGUAGCCAUGGCUAGGGCUCUUGAUCAUCUGUCUCUCUUUUCUUCUGUACUCUCCUUUUCAUUUUUGCUAGCUUUCCUUUGCUGUUUUGAGACUUGCCAUAGCUUCAAACCCAAGUAUUUUAACUUGUCGAGGGCAGGAACUCACUGGGCAUCUGCAGGUGCCACUUGGUAUGGCAGUCCUGAAGGAGCUGGAAGUGAUGGAGGAUCCUGUGGAUAUGGAAAUGCAGUGUCACAGCCUCCUUUCUCUUCAAUGAUUACUGGAAUAGGCCCAUCUCUCUACAAAUCAGGCAAGGAAUGUGGAGCCUGUUACCAGGUGAAAUGCACCAAACGUAUGCAUCCAUCCUGUUCUGGCCGUCCUGUGAGAGUGGUCAUAACAGACUUCUGCCCCGGAGGUCCCUGUGCCUCCCAAUCUGCACACUUUGACCUCAGUGGCACGGCAUUUGGCGCCAUGGCAAUCCCCGGUCAAGAAGAAAAACUUCGCAAUGCCGGAGUCUUGGAAAUUCGAUACGCACGAGUUGCUUGUGAUUAUUCAGGAAAAACCAUAGCAUUCCAAGUAGACCUAGGCGCAAACCCUAACUCCUUCUCUGUGCUGGUUGAGUUUGAAGAGGGGGAUGGAGACCUUGCUGGUGUUGCCCUAAAGGAGACCUUAAAGGGUUCGGGAAAAUGGCGAGCCAUGCAACAAUCAUGGGGAGCUGUUUGGAAGCUGGAUGCUGGCUAUGAAUUAAAACCUCCUUUCUCAAUUCAGUUGACAUCACAGUACUCAGGACAAACCCUAGUAGCAAAAAAUGUAAUCCCAGAUGGGUGGAAGCCUGGUUCGACAUAUAGAUCCUUGGUCAACUACCUUUGAGCCCUGGCUCAAGCUUCAUGUGAUGCACAGCUUGUUUUACCAAUAAGUGUGUUGUACAAUGAUAUAUGCUUUACUGGUGAUUGUUUAGGUUUUCAAGUGACUAGCAAAUGUAUACUACAAUGUAAUUAUUAGGUUUUCUUUUCUCAUGGAAUGAAUAAUGGGCUUUCCUUAGAUUUUAUAAA